AUGUCCCUCCUCGCCAAUUCUGUCUUUUCAGAUACGCUAUUAGCCCUCAGAGACCGGCAUCCCGCGGGCACUAUUUGGGGUGGCGAUGACGUGGAUGCCUCUGUCUUUCCAGCGCAAGUCUUUCUCACCAAAUGGACAUGCGAUGCGGUGUGGAGUGAUGAAGCUAUAAUCUGUGUUAGACUCCGCCUUUACGUGUCGACUCAUCGGCCUAUGUACGUACAAGUAGCCGCCGCGCGGAAACUCGACGAUCCAUGGCGUCUGAAAGGGCGGCCCUCACAGCUUGUGUCGUUAAGUGGAAGAGCUCACGGUACCCGUCAUCAUGCUCUUGAGGAUCGAAGUAGAUCUGUUGGCAUCAGCAGUAAAGAGAACAUGCCAGACUGA